AUGGGUCGCGUUAAAUUGGAGAUUAAGAGAAUAGAUAACACCAUAAAUCGUCAGGUCACAUUCUCCAAGCGCAGAAAUGGCCUCAUCAAGAAAGCCUACGAGUUAUCCAUUCUCUGCGACAUUGAUAUUGCCCUCAUCAUGUUCUCUCCUUCCAACCGUGUCAGUCACUUCUCCGGCAGACGAAGAAUUGAAGAUGUAUUCGCACGUUACAUCAACCUACCAGAUCAAGAAAGAGAUGGCGCUAUAACUUUUCCAGAGCAACCCUACCGCAGGAGUCUUCAGAACAAAGAGCAUCUGCUGAGGACCCUGGAACAACUGAAAAGUGAGAAUGACAUAGCUCUUCAGCUGGCCAAUCCGGGAGACAUCAACUCGGAGAUCGAAGAGCUGCAGCAGGAAGUGAGUGGGUUACAGCAACAGCUUCAAAUGGCGGAAGAACAGCUACGGAUAUUUGAACCGGAGUUGUCGAAGAUGACAUCAGCGGGGGAGCUGGAAUCCAGCGAGAAGCAUCUGAUGGAGACGCUGGCGCGAGUAAUGCAGAGGAAGGAAUAUCUGAUGAGCAACCACGUGUCGCUGGAGACGUCGCUGGAGAAUGUGGGAUGGUUGGGGGAGGCGGCCGACAACCAUUCCCAUAUAUUUGACGCUUCCGUGCCUCUGGAUCCACUGUCGUCCACCGUGUACGACGCUUUCUCGCAGGGAGGCUCCACGUCCAACGGAACCGCCGAUCCAAAUCUGCAGGCCUGGCCUCAAGGCUACACUUUAUAUCCCUCCAUCCAGCAGCAGGAGAUGCAGGAAAUGAUGCCGCCUCAUGCGCAGCUCAACAAUCUGCCCACCAUCCCCGCCGACUUUGAUUCCAAACCUCCCCAGUGA